AUGACUUACCGCACCACACUGGACCUACUUUUCAAAUCACAAAGGUUUGUUCCCAACUAUCAGUGCGGCUCCAAGAAAAAGCUAAUAGGGGUUACCGGGGGACUUGAUUUGGAGACUUCCACACACAUGGCAGACGUCUUGGGUCUUUACAAGAUUCUACAGCUCCACCUAUUUCUACAACAGAUUUCAUUCAAUAACAGUGCUGGAGAUGAGGUUGUGUUGAACGACCAUGGAGAACUAGCAAGUGGAUUUGAUAUCACAAACCUGGUCACUUUUCCAAACAAUUCCUAUGUUCGCAUGAAGGUUGUGGAGCUUGUGGUUGAGGGUGCCAAGACGUACCUCCAGGAUCCCAGCGUGCCUCCAUUCUCUCUCUGUAAUGACCACUGCAAGUCAGGAUUCAGCAGGAAAAAGAAAGAGGGGGUGAAGUUUUGCUGCUAUGAUUGUGUUCCAUGUCCAGAAGGGAAGAUAUCAAACCAAGAGGACAUGGAAUUCUGUGUUGCCUGCCCAGAAGAUCAAUACCCAAACAGCCGUCAAGACCAAUGCAUUCCCAAAAGCUUACAUUUCCUCUCCUUGGCAGAACCUUUGGGCAUUCUGUUAGCCUCCUUAGCUCUCUUCUUUUCCCUGAUCACAGCUCUGAUUCUCAGGAUUUUCAUCGAGCACCAGAACACUCCCAUAGUCAAAGCCAACAACCGCAGCCUCACCUACAUCCUCCUCACCUCACUCCUUUUAUGCUUCAGUUGCUCUCUGCUAUUCAUUGGACAACCAAAUGAGCUGACCUGUCUGCUCCGACAAACGUUGUUUGGCAUCAUCUUCUCAGUGGCUGUUUCUUCUGUCUUGGCAAAAACGGUGACAGUGGUUGCGGCUUUCAUGGCCUCCAAACCUGGAAAUGUUUUCAGAAAAUGGAUGGGGAAAAGAAUGAUGUAUUCUAUGGUUAUUUCCUGCUCCCUUGUUCAAGUAGGUAUUUGUACGCUUUGGCUGAGUACUUCUCCCCCAUUCCCAGAUCUGGACAUGGACUCCUUGUCGGAAAACAUCAUAGUGAAGUGCAAUGAAGGGUCAGUGGCCAUGUUUUUCUGUGUCUUGGGCUACAUGGGCUUUCUGGCCACCAUCAGCUUCACUGUGGCUUUCCUCGCCAGGAAGUUGCCGGAUACGUUCAAUGAAACCAAGUUCAUCACCUUCAGUAUGUUGAUCUUUUGCAGUGUUUGGCUGUCCUUUGUCCCAAGCUACUUGAGCACAAGAGGAAAAGACAUGGUCGCCAUGGAGAUCUUCUCCAUCUUAGCAUCUAGUGCUGGAUUACUGAGCUGCAUCUUUUUCCCCAAGUGCUAUGUCAUAAUACUGAGGCCUGAGUUGAACUGUAGAGAGCAGCUAGUAAGAAAAAGACAUGAUCUUUAA